AGAUGGCAAAACGCCUGGGGAAUCGUAGGGAAGAGGAAGCCAGCCGGCUCUCUGUCUGCCUGCUCCAACUUCCUGCACAGAAAGAGAAAAAGAAGCCAGGAUCCUAUUUCAGUCCAGCAGAGCCGUGUAGCCGAGCAAGACGGCAGUCAGUCAGCAUGGAAAAACAAGGGGUCAUACACAUUUCAUCAUAAACGUUUUCAAGGAGUGGAAGGAAAACAAGGCUAACAAGAGAUCGCAGGUAUGGACAGUGCCAUAACGUUGUGGCAGUUCCUGCUGCAGCUGUUGUUGGACCAGAGCCACAAGCACCUGAUCUGCUGGACGUCGAACGACGGGGAGUUUAAACUGCUCAAGUCAGAGGAGGUGGCCAAGCUGUGGGGGCUCCGCAAGAACAAGACUAAUAUGAACUACGACAAGCUGAGCAGAGCUCUGAGAUACUACUAUGACAAGAACAUUAUCAAGAAGGUGAUCGGACAGAAGUUUGUCUACAAGUUUGUCUCGUUCCCGGAAAUCUUAAAGAUGGACCCAGCAGCAGUGGAGAUGGGCUUGGCUUCCGGUCGGGUGACGCUCCACGAAGACCAGGACAUCCAGGACCUGGAUGUAGAGGAGGAGGAUGAAGAAGAGGAGGUACAGCAGCAGCAGAGGAGGGCCCUGGGGGCGGCGUUGGGGGCGGCUGCGGCGGCCCAGCAGGCUGCGUGUCAUAACAAGUACUUCAGCUCUGGCCUCUACUCCUCCUUCAGCAUCAACAGCCUCCAUUCUCCUCCAGAGGAGCUGCUCCGGGCCCUGAGGGAGAGACAGCAGGACGAGGCCCGAUCCGGAGUCAUCCGAUUUGGGACGGGUACCACCAAGAGUACUCCACCCUCACCGUCCCUCAUCAACCCUGAGCCUUCAUCACAAUCCUUCAGCACCCACAGGCCAUCCAAACUCUCCCCUCUCCACCAUUACACCCACCACCAACACCAGCGCCACUCCCCGCCCUCUGCCUCCCCCCACAGCCAUAACCCCCAGCCAGGGCCAGGCCGAGGAGGCUGGAGCCCAGAGGCUGAAGAGGAGGAGGAGGGGGAGGACUCAGACCAGGGAACCCAGCCUCUGAAUCUCUCUUCUGGGCAUAGAGAGAGAGAGCAGGCCCUGCAGCUUCCGGAGAAGAGGACCAGUGGUGGUAGUAGAGUUAGUGGUAGUAGUCAUGGAGACAGUUUUCAUGGACUCCCACCCAAAACCAAUAAGCCCAAAGCCCUAGAGAUCUCCGCCCCCUCCCUGCUCUUGACAGGAAGUGACAUCGGCUCGAUAGCCCUCAAUAGCCCCGCCCUACCGUCCGGAUCCCUCACCCACGCCUUCUUCACUGCACAGACUCCAUCUGGUCUGCUGCUGGGCCACAGCUCUCUGUUAUCAGGUGUCCACUUCUGGAGCAGCCUAAGUCCCGCAGCCCCUCUGAGCCCGGCCAGGCUUCAAGGACACGGAUCACUGUUUCAGUUCCCCAGUCUAAUGAAUGGACACCUCCCACUGCCAAACUUGGACGGGUCCCCCUCACCCCUGCUCCUGUCCCCUGCCAAUCACAAGUCAUGAUUCAUGCUCUCAAAACCCAAUCCAGCCCAUUGGACCUACUGCCACAUGUAU